AUGAUACCGUUAACAACUGUUGUCGCCGUGGCCGUGAGCUUGUCGGUGUUGUUUAUUGUGUGCUCGGUAGUUGGCACAGUCGUUUGGAUUAGGAUUCGACAAGAAAGACUUUCUAUGGCAGUAGCAAAUGCGCGCAAUGGUCGAUACGCUCGAGGACUACAAAAUUUCCCUGCCGAAACCGUGACUGAGCUGUCCCCAGAAGAAGGAACUGUCCUGGGACAGUAUGGGCAGUUGCCAUACGGAAGUCCCGCGGAAUGGGCUCUGAUGGAUUCAAGGGAGAGAUUAGUCAAGCCCAUCGAUCCAGAGAUGUGUUCCAUACUCAGCGAGAAGCCGCGAUCGUUGCGCCAGUCCCUCUCGAGAUCCAGGUCCAAGCGUUGGUCCUUUCGACGACCUCCGCGACGGAGUUCUCUGGCACCUGUAGGGGAAAACUUCGAAAAGCGGUCAGUUGAGAAGCCUUCAUUUGAAACUCGACCUUCUGUUUCGAAAGAAGAAGUGGAGGUUUCAGCAGUCGAAGGGGUCAUGGAGCUGCCGGCAGAGACAUCUCCUAGACAGACGCCAGACAGAGAAGAGCCACGUCCUGAUAACAACCUCCACUCAUCAGGAAUAUGGUCAGUGUACAUGAAUAGGGAUUACUCGAGCAGUUUGUUUCCGGUCCGUGAAGAUGAACACGAGGGAUUCGACCCGUAUCGCCUCCGGGUACGAGGGACAAGCCUUACCACACAAACAGCAGGGACCAUGCCAGAGCAACCGGUGCCACCUCCGCCUCCAUGUGCCUAUCCGCCUAAUCGUUUCCGUCUGUCGAGGAACGAUUCAUCCAUGAGAUUGUCAUCUCUGAGUCUUGAUACGGCAGACAGCUCUAUCCUGGAAGAUGGUAGGAGAACGCCGAUGUUGAUUGACAGCAACUUCAACUCGCCAGCAUUGCCGCCAUGUCCAACAUUUGUGCCGUACAGCGCCAACGAUGUUGGCUGUCUGAAUAGGAGCUUCUCGACAAAGAGUUCGCUACAAGGGUCGUUUGCGUUCCCCUCGGGAUCGGUGGAUUUGGAAGCUUACAGAAUGGAACGGGAUCGAACGUCUCCUCGUCGAAGUAUGACUACUCGAAGUCCGAGUCAUAGUAUGGAACGAAUUUGCCCGCCACCACGCAGGAGUGAAUCUCUGUCUUCCACUGCACCAAGACGCGACCCACGAUUUGCGUCGUUGGGAAACAAGCCUAUAUUGUAUCCAAGUCCCAACAAUAUUCCUGCUCAUUGGAACGGCAUCAACUACAACUCUGCACUCCUUCCCCAUUUCAGCCAGAUACGACGGUCUCCAGUGCGCCAACACCCUCCAAGGGACUCCACUGAUUCCCUUCUUAGCAGUACGGACAAUCUGCUUAAUCUUUCGGAGAGUCCAAGCUGGAGAUCCAGCAAUGUGGUCGUGCACGAGACACCGUUGUCCGCGGACGGUCUUCCGCGACUUCCUCCUCCGUCUGCACUGAAGGGCGGGAAUGGCCCGCGCAAAGGCCAUCGGCGGCAGAAUUGUGUCCGCAUAUCAAUCCACCCUCCGAUAACCUAUGGAGGUUCGGUUAUCUCCCCCAUGGCUGAAGAACCGGAGGAACACGACGGAGCAGCGAGUCGCAGAUCCGAAGUUUCUGAGUUGUCAGCAACCAACAUGUCCUCUUUGCCCAGUGUCUCGGCAAUUUCUAUAGAUAAACCAAACCACCAUGAACGAAGCCGCCCUUCUUCAUACCGCCGUGCCUCUUACCGGACUUCCCCUCCUAAGCGAAAGCAUGCACGGAUAGGCUCUAAGGACACCGGCACCACCAAGGUUUUACCUGGAAUUGACACCUCGCUUGCUGCUCGAGAAGCCAGUUUGCCUCGCACACCAUCUCCCGAUAAGAGUCCUCCCGCAUGGUCGGCUUCCAACCAAGUCCCAUCGCCUUCGACACGUGAAAACCCACCCACCCCUGGCGAACCACGCGUGUCUGCAGUAAAGGGCCCGCGCAGUCAACCUGGGAAACCAGCAAAGAACAACCAGCGUUCCUCAAUGCCAUUGGCAGAGAAUUUGACAUCCCCGCCUCCCUCGAUAUCCUCGAAUUCCAGACGAAACAGUCUGAACCAAAACUCCCAGAAGUCAAGCUCCACUCUCAACCGAGGCAACAGCACCUCUACAAACAACACAUCGACAAACAACGAUCAAGACGCAGCAGAAGGAUUAGAGGUAGUCGGCGGUCCCCAACCGACAAGACCACUCUCCCCAUCGUGCGGAGUAAACAAAACUCCCGGCAAUGGCAGCGGCAAUAUCGUUACCAUCUGGGAGGACACUAAGCUCGACACUCAGCUUGAGCGAACAUCAACCAAACUGUCCUCUGCCUCAGCUCCUGGUGAAAAACCAGAGUGCAAGGAUACCCAUAAUGAUAAAUUGUCUCGCGCAACCACCCAAAGAUCGACUAAACCGGAACCCAUGACGCCGGUGAAGAAGACAGUUGGACUGGGGAUUGGGGCGACAGCGGCCACGCCGGGGAGUUUGUACGAUGGUGAUGGGUUCCUGAAGGAGUAG